AUGCCCAUAAUAUUUCUGGCUGUAGUGCAGACAAGCUCCUUCGAUGUCCUUGUAGAAUCUACAAAAAACAAUUACUUUGCUGAUCAGAUAUCUAUAAUGGAGCAUCUCAUGCUGAAUGGAAUAUGGAAAGAGUAUAGAGUAUGGGAUCAUCAUGGAGAGAGUGUGUCAGAUUCAGAAGACAGUUUCAACAAUAUGGAAGAUCAUGAUGAAUAUGGUCUGCAUGAGAUGGUGAAUGAUUUUGGAAAUGCUGUGAAUGCCAACUUGGGAUCAUUUGAUGAUUCAUCACCUAGCUUGCAGGAUGACAUGACCACAUCUACAGGUCCUACUGAAGAAGCUAGCAAAUUUUAUAGACUUCUUGAAGAGGCAGACCAUGAGCUGUACCCAGAAUGCAGUACCUUCUCUACACUAUCGUUCAUUGUGCAAAUGAUGAACAUCAAGUGCCUAUAUGAUUUGAGUGGAAAUGCAAUGGAUGCUCUAUUUACUCUGUUUUGGAAGGUUAUAUUUGGGAAAUCUGACAAGAAAAGGAAACGCUCCAGCACAGUGUAUGGUGUUUGGAAGAAAAAGAGUAUAUUUUUUCAACUCCCUUAUUGGAGUAAAUUGACACUAAGACAUAACCUAGAUGUCAUGCACAUCGAAAAAAAUGUUGGUGAAAGUUUGGUGGGUACCUUGCUUGGACAGGAGGGGAAGACAAAGGAUAACAUUAAUUCUCGAUUCGAUAUGGAAAUCAUGGGAAUACAACCAAAACUUCUUGCGACUCCCACAGAUGAUGGAAAAUAUUUAUUUCACAAUACACCUUAUACACUUUUUGGACCUAAAAGGAAGGCAUUUUGUGAGUUCUUGACAAAAAUCAAAGUCCCAGAUGGUUAUUCUGCAAAGACAAGAAUCAACAGGCCAAGGCGUAAUGAUGACAGCGAUGAUAACAAUAGCAACACACAGCUCCAGAUUUUUUCUAAAAUUGGAAGACGACUUAUUGGAAAUAGAUAUUGUGAGAUGGAGAUGAAUGAAUUGAAUAAAGCACAAGCGUACAUUCUAAAGAACUGUGAAGAGGCUGCUCCAUAUACAGGCAUUCACAAGGAAUAUUUAAGGACACAGAGCACCAGAAAUGUAGAUAAGCGGCAUGAGAAAGAGUUCUUUCAGUGGUUCAACAACCAUAUAUCAGCUAUGUAUUCCAAAGGAGAUCCUUCUGUUUCCGAUGGAUUAUUUGAUCUAGCAAGAGGACCCGAUACUAGAGUGACACAUUUCUCAAGUUAUAUGGUCAAUGGAUGGAGAUUUAACACAAAGGACAGAGACGCCCUAUUUCAAGCACAAAACAGUGGAGUAUUUGUCAAGGGUGAUGAAGGAACUAGAGACAAAGAUUACUUUGGUGUCUUGACAGAUAUUGUGGAGCUUUUAUAUGGGACUCAUAAAGUUGUUCUUUUUAAAUAUGAGCCAUAUGUUUUGGCUUCGCAAGCAGAGCAAGUAUAUUAUGUGAAUGAUACUCAAGAACCAAAAUGGUAUGUUGUGGUAAAGACUAAACCUCGUGAUUAUUUUGACACUCCUCCCACUGAUAAAGAAGAUGCCACUACUAAAUCAAGUAAAUCCAGUCCUGAAGCUUGUCAAGAAAAUGAAGUAAUAAUUGUGCCGAAUCCAAAUACAAUAGAAGAUGAUGACACAAGUAUAUUGGACACACCUCAAGUAGAAGCGGAAGCUGAAGGUAUGCCUGUGGCUGUGGAAGGUAAUCCAAUACUCCAUUACGAGGGUGACGUUGAGGAUGAAGAUGAGCAACAAGAAUCUAAAAGUGAUGACAGCGAAGGUGGUGAGUACAUGGAUUCAGAUGACGAAGACAGUGAACCGAAAGAAGAAAUAGAUGACGACUAG